GAUCAAUUCAUUCUCUUGUUCACAGCGACCGGUUUCGCUUUCAGUCUUUCCAACACUCUUUAUUGCAUCCAAACAUCUUCCGUUUCCCCAAAAACAUCCAACUACAAAAAAAACAGCAAACAUGCGAUUCACCGCCACCACCUUUGCCGUCCUCAGCGCCGCUGCGCUCACCAAUGCUCGUGCCAUUGAUGCCCGCGCAGCCGGCAACUUGCAGACCUUCACUGGCGCUGUUGCUGGUAUCCAGGCUACUCCGGUUACCAACACUGGCGAUGCCAAGCGCCCCUUUGCGGUAAAGGGCGACUCUUUUGUCAACCUUUCUGGUGCGCUCCAGCGCUCUUGCGACCAGCAGUUCAACGCAUGCGCCGGAAAAGCAAACGGCGGCGACAAGGCCGUUACCCUUGCUGACUGCACCUCGCAGCAGACUCAAUGCAACGCAGCUGCUAAGACCAAGAGGGCCACCACCGAUGCUGCUGCCGCCGCCGCCGCCCCUGCAGCGGCUGCUGUUUCUCCUGCGGCUGCUGCUGCUGCUCCUGCUGCUGCCGCGGCCUCUCCUGCUGCUGCUGCCGCCGCUGCACCGGCGACGGCCCAGGACAACAAGAAGAAGGGAAAGAAGGGAAAGAAGACCAAGGGCAAGGGCAAGAAGAAGGGCAAGAAGAACGGAAAGGGAAAGAAGAAGGGAAAGAAGAACGGCAAGGGCAAGAAGAAGGGUAAGAAGGCUGCCGCCAACAACACUGCCGCCAACAACACUGCCGCCAACAAUGCUGCCACUGGCAACGCGGCUACUGGCAACGCUGCUACUGGCAACGCGGCUACUGGAAACGCUGCCACUGGAAACGCUGCCACUGGAAACGCCGCCGCCGCUUCUUCCAACACCGCUGCCGCCGGCACUGCGAACACUGCCGCGACUGGUGCUGGUGCUUCGACUGCGGGCACUGCGGGUACUGCCAGCGCUGUCCAGGCUCGUGGUGUUGAGGACAUUGCCAAGGAUGGAGCAAAGAAGGCCGAGCAAGCAGCCAAGGACGGAGCCAAGAAGGUUGAGCAAGCAGCAAAGGAUGGCCUCAAGAAAGUUCUCGGUCGCGCACCUGGCGUCGAGGACAUCGCCAAAGAUGGAGCCAAGAAGGCUGAGCAAGCAGCAAAGGAUGGCCUCAAGAAGAUUCUCGGCCGCGCGCCUGAGGUCGAGGACGCCGAGGACGUUGAGGAGGACGACGAGUAAGCUGGUGCACUCGAGCCCAUCGUCUGUCCUCUCUUCAGAGUGCAAGGCAUGUACAUGGACGAGCCUACUCCGAUGCGCGAACGGCCCGGCCACCCUUUCGACUUUUUUGUGUAGUUGUCCUGGUUUUUGUAUAUUCGGCUUCACAAAAGUGUUGGA